AUGGCCAAUGAACAACUAAAAAGUAACGAGACCACUGAUGAAAUAUGUCAUGGAAUACCAUUAACUGAUAUCCCCAAUCUCUUUCAAACAGUUCCCGUUCUGAAUGAUAUGAAAGAUAUUCAUGAUAUUGGUCAUACAUUUAUGAUUAAACCAUUCAAAUAUGAUUCAUCGAAUCCCGAUCGUGAACCAGAACCAAUUCAUGGAAUAAGAAAUUAUUUGGAUAUAUGGAAUGACGAUCAUGUUCGUUUGCCAUGUUCACCAUUUAAUGUAACAAACGAUGGAAUACCGAGAUGGCCAAUUAUUCAAAAUAAAUUGAUACAACUUAAACAAAAGUGUAUUGAAAAAACGGCCACUAUCAACGAUAUUAAAACAGCAAUAGAAGAGAGUAACGGAGCUAGUUUUGAAAUAGGCUGUCUAGAACAGUUACUUAAUCAAAGUUAUUCUGCUGAUCAACGAGCUUACUUCAUAUCCAUUAUUCUACCAGAAAUGAUUUCGCUUGCUCUUAAUGUCGGUAAUAUUUGCAGUCAGCCACCACCAUUACUACGCAUUGGAACCAAUCGUUCUCUAACCAUGUCUCAACGACAGGCUGCUUCAUUAUUAGCUUGUGCUUUUUUCUGUCUUUUUCCUCAACAAUUUAAUGGACAAAUAAAUAAUAAAUAUCAAACAUAUCAGAGUUUCAAUUUUAUCCAGUAA